CUGAUCCACUAUUGUCAAAAUGAGGCCAGAGACGCUUUUGAAAUAUGUGCGAUCCUAGAGCCUAACGAGGGGUAUUCGGAGGCUCUUAAGAUCCUUAGAUGCCGAUUCGGGCAACCUCACUUAAUCGCUAGGGCUCGCAUAGAUAAUUUGAUUGAUGGUCCAAUCUAUGGAUCUGACAGUUUGAUGAAACUUGCCGACGAUAUGCGAAACUGUAAGAACACGUUGCAACAGUUGGAUUCUGUAGCCGAAUUAAAUUCAUCUAGGACGCUGGCGGCCAUAAUCAGACGACUCCCUCCACAGUUGCAAUUCAAAUGGUCAGAGCUCGCGUCAUCAACUCCACGUCUUGGUAGAGAGCCAACGUUUUCUGAUCUAACUGACUUUGUAGACGAGAGGGCUGAAUUAUCGAUGGUGCAUCAGUCAUACUCCUCUAGUUCCGUUUCUACUUUCAAUCGUCCCCAGGGCGAUUGA